GUCAGCGGCGCCUGCGCGGGCGCCUCAGACUCAGGAUGCGCGCGCAGCGCAACUGAGACGGUGAGUCCAGGUAACUGCGGAGGAUCCGAGGGUCAGGCUGCAGAAGCCGAGAAUCCCACCCCAGUCCCCAAGUACAGAGGUCAAGAUGGAGUUUCCAGCCCAGUAAAUCCGAGGGCCAGACCGUGACCUCAUAAAGCAUGAUCUCCUUCUGUCCAGACUGUGGCAAAAGUAUCCAAGCGGCAUUCAAAUUCUGCCCCUACUGUGGAAAUUCUUUGCCUAUAGAGGAGCAUGUAGGGUCCCAGACCUUAGUCAAUCCACAUGUGUCAUCCUUCCAAGGUUCAAAGAGAGGGCUGAGCUCCAGUUUUGAAACCUCUCCUAAGAAAGUGAAAUGGUCCAGCACCGUCACCUCUCCCCGAUUAUCCCUCUUCUCAGAUGGUGACAGUUCUGAGUCUGAAGAUACUCUGAGUUCCUCUGAGAGAUCCAAAGGCUCCGGGAGCAGACCCCCAACCCCCAAAAGCAGCCCUCAGAAGACCAGGAAGAGCCCUCAGGUGACUAGGGGCAGCCCUCAGAAGACCAGCUGCAGCCCUCAGAAGACCAGGCAGAGCCCUCAGAAGACCAGGCAGAGCCCUCAGAAGACCAGGCAGAGCCCUCAGACACAGAAGCGGAGCCGAGUGACCACCUCACUUGAAGCUUUGCCCACAGGGACAGUGCUGACAGACAAGAGUGGGCAACAGUGGAAGCUGAAGUCUCUCCAGACCAGGGACAACCAGGGCAUUCUCUAUGAAGCUGCACCUACCUCCACCCUCACCUGUGACUCAGGACCCCAGAAGCAAAAGUUCUCGCUCAAACUGGAUGCCAAGGAUGGGCGCUUGUUCAAUGAGCAGAACUUCUUCCAGCGGGCCGCCAAGCCUCUGCAAGUCAACAAGUGGAAGAAGCUGUACUCAACCCCGCUACUGGCCAUCCCUACCUGCAUGGGUUUCGGUGUUCACCAGGACAAAUACAGGUUCUUGGUGUUACCCAGCCUGGGGAGGAGCCUUCAGUCGGCCCUGGAUGUCAGCCCAAAGCAUGUGCUGUCAGAGAGGUCUGUGCUGCAGGUGGCCUGCCGGCUGCUGGAUGCCCUGGAGUUCCUCCAUGAGAAUGAGUAUGUUCAUGGAAAUGUGACAGCUGAAAAUAUCUUUGUGGAUCCAGAGGACCGGAGUCAGGUGACUUUGGCAGGCUAUGGCUUCGCCUUCCGCUAUUGCCCAAGUGGCAAACACGUGGCCUAUGUGGAAGGCAGCAGGAGCCCUCACGAGGGGGACCUUGAGUUCAUUAGCAUGGACCUGCACAAAGGAUGCGGGCCCUCCCGCCGCAGCGACCUCCAGAGCCUGGGCUACUGCAUGCUGAAGUGGCUCUACGGGUUUCUGCCAUGGACAAACUGCCUUCCCAACACUGAGGACAUCAUGAAGCAAAAACAGAACCUGGGCGACAGAGCAAGACUCUGUCUCGAACUUGUUGCCCAAGUCAUCUGGGAGGCAGCUGGCCAUCUACAUCUGAAAUGCAGGAGUGAAGUCUAAAGGGAGACUCAGACCCCGGGAAUAUCUCCGGAGCCAUCAGCUGAAGCCCCAGGAGAGGAUGAGAUUAUCUGAGAAAGCAUAUAGAAUGAGAAGAGGGUGAACCCUCCAGUAAAUGGCAUUGAGUCCCUCAUACUUCCCUGUCCUUAGUGUGCCGUGAAGUCCUUCCCAGUCCUUCCCCCACAUGAAGCCUUUCUCGUUUUACUCCCUUCAUGUGUCCCAACUUCCUUCUCUCAACCAUGGACAGCUGCUCAAGCACAUUUAACGUAUGUUCUGAUAUGUUCACUUAGAUGUAUUUGUACCCUCAAAAUCGCAUGCUGGCUGUGGUGCUGUGUGUGAUUUGCGUAAGUGAUGUUCCACUCUGCAUCUCAUCUGUCUCUGGCUCCCUUCAGCUUUAACCCUAUCCCUACAUGUGGACCGAGUUCACUGCUUCUAAAUCAAUUUUCUAUAGAUAUGUCUGUGUCCUUAAACUAUAUAUGGUGGUGCUGUGUGUUUAAUUUGUAUAAAUGGUACUAUGCUCUAAA